CUUCCUGCCCAGGAUCUCCAGGCCCAUAAAUACCCGCCGUCCGGGAGCUGGGCACUGCAGCCCUGGCUGCCCGGGAGGCCCAGGCCCCAAUCAGCAGGAGCUCCAGCCUGCACCAGGAUGUGCUCGCUGCCUGUGCCCCGGCAGCCCCUGCGCCGCGUGGCUGUGACUGGGGGCACGCACGGCAACGAGAUGUCCGGCGUCUACCUGGCCAGGCACUGGCUGCAGGCCCCGGGGGACCUGCAGAGACCCAGCUUCUCUGCCACGCCGGUGCUGGCCAACCCGGCAGCCACAGCCGCCUGCCGCCGCUACGUGGACCGCGACCUCAACCGCACCUUCACCACUACCUUCCUCACAGCCAGGGCCAGCCCGGAUGACCCAUACGAGGUGACAAGAGCCCGAGAGCUAAACCAGCUGCUGGGGCCCAAAGCUUCGGGCCAGGCCUUCGACUUCAUCCUUGAUCUGCACAAUACCACCGCCAACAUGGGCACCUGCCUCAUCGCCGAUAACGCCCACAACGUCUUUGCCAUGCACCUGUGCCACCACCUGCAGCUGCAGAAGCCAGAGCUGUCCUGCCGGGUCUUCCUGUACCAGCAGCCAGGGGAGGAGAGCUACGCCAUUGCCUCGGUGGCCAAGAAUGGAAUAGGCCUGGAGCUGGGCCCCCAGCCUCAGGGCGUGCUGCGGGCCGACCUUUUCUCCCGGAUGAGGGCCCUGGUGGCCGCAUGUCUGGACUUCAUCGAGCUCUUCAAUCAGGGCACGGCCUUUCCUGCCUUUGAGGCGGAAGCCUACAGCGUCUCGGGCACCGUGGACUUCCCACGCACCCAGGACGGGGACCUGGCAGGCACCGUGCACCCUCAGCUGCAGGACCGAGACUUCGAGCCGCUGCGGCCGGGUGCUCCCAUCUUCCAGACGUUCGGCGGCGAGGACGUGCUCUAUGAAGGGGAGUCCACCGUGUUCCCCGUGUUCAUUAACGAGGCCGCCUACUAUGAGAAGGGCAUUGCCUUCAUCCAGACGGAGAAGCUCACGUUCUCUGUGCCGGCCCUGCCCUCGCUGACCCCCGCCCCCAGCCCGGUUCCCUAACCCAAGCCACACCUGCCCAGCCUCAGCCUUCCCAUCUGAGCAGUGGGUCCUCAGGCAUGGUUCUGAGCCCGCGGUCCCCUUUUGCCGCAUGCUGUGCACCUGCCAGGCCCCCUGAGCGCAGGUGUCAGUUUCCCAUUGUGUAAAAUGGAAAAUACAGUCCGUGGUUCGUGUCCCUG